UGGGACCAGAGCACCUUCGCGGGGCGCCUCAAGCAUUUCUUUAACAUCACCGACCCCCGCACGGCGCUGGUGCCGGAGGAGGAGCUGGACCGGGCCAAGGCCCUGCUGGGAGGCUGCAGGGCCGGGCUGGUGCCCCCAGGAAGCAGCCGGGAGCAGCUGCUCUAUGCCAAGAAGCUGUACGACUCGGCCUUCCACCCAGACAGUGGCGAGAAGAUGAACCUCAUUGGGAGGAUGUCCUUCCAGGUUCCAGGGGGCAUGGCCCUCACCGGCUGCAUGCUCCAGUUCUACCGGACAGUGCCUGCAGUGGUUUUCUGGCAGUGGAUGAACCAGUCCUUCAAUGCCAUUGUCAACUACACCAACCGCAAUGCUGCCUCCCCCAUCUCUCUCAGUCAGAUGGGGGUAGCUUACAUCUCAGCCACCAGUGCAGCCCUGGCCACUGCGGUGGGACUCAACCUUUACACCAAGCGAGCCCCCCCCCUGCUGGCCCGCUGGGUCCCCUUUGCAGCCGUGGCUGCUGCCAACUGUGUCAAUAUCCCCAUGAUGAGACAACAGGAGAUCAUCAAUGGGGUGACAGUGACAGACCAGGACAACAACGAGCUUGGCUGCUCCAGGAGGGCAGCAGUGAAGGGCAUCACGCAGGUUGUGGUCUCCAGGAUCACCAUGGCAGCACCAGGCAUGAUUAUUUUGCCUAUCAUCAUGGAGCGACUGGAGAAGUUCACCUUCAUGCAGCGGAUGAGGGUUCUCCACGCUCCUCUGCAGGUGCUGCUGUGUGGGGGCUUCCUCCUGUUCAUGGUGCCGGCAGCCUGCGCCCUGUUCCCGCAGAGAUGCUCACUUGCGCUGGCUGACCUGGAGCCGGAGCUGCGUGACAGCAUCGUGGCCAAGCAUGGUGACAAAGUGCCAUGUGUCUAUUUUAACAAGGGACUGUGA